AUGUUCUCCUUGAACUCUGUCUUCUGGUUUCUGAAGAUUUCCUUUAUUUUUUGUCAUUUGAGUGACCCCAGAUGCUUUUGGAGAAUAAAAGACACUGAAAAUAAUAUAGGAGAUACAGAAACUUAUUGUUUCUUUUCUAUUUCCACAAAACAUGGCUAUGUGAAGAAUGAUUAUUUCAGUUGGAAUCUAGACAAGCAGGUGACACCCAAGACCAGGCAUUUGAUUUUCUCUGUUUAUCUUGCCUUGGAGGAAAUAAAUGAUAGCUUCCAUAUUUUACCCAACAUUUCUCUGGUAGUUAAUAUUGAAUGUGUCCUACAAAAAUACGGUGAGAAAACUGGUUUGCUCUUGAGAAGUGAGAAACUUAUUCCUAAUUACUACUGCAUAAAUGAGAGAAGAUAUUUAAUUGUACUUACAGCACCAACAUGGGCAAUAUCUACAAAACUUGGACCUUUCCUUUUUAUGUCCCGAAUUCCUGAGCUUUACUGCGGUCAUUUUCAUCUUCCUCUUAGUAAUAAUGAACAAUUUCCUCAUCUUUACCAAAUAUCUAAAAAGGACACAUCUCUACCACUAGCCAUGGUGUCCUUAGUGGUUCAUUUCAGAUGGAACUGGAUAGGAGUAAUCAUUACAAAUGAUGACCAUGGAAUUCAAUUCCUUUCUGAAUUGAGAGGAGAAAUGCAAAACAACAUUGUCUGUUUAUCAGUUGUUAUUACUAUCAAAACUCAGAAGCUCGUGGCCCUUAAAGAGUUACAUAUGAAUUAUAAACAAAUCUUAAUGUCAUCAGCAAAAGUUGUGAUAGUUUAUGGAUACAAAGACUCUCCCAUAAUCUAUGCCCUCAUUUCAUGGAAAUCUCAUGGCAUUUUUAGAAUCUGGGUUAGUGUGUCACAAUUUGAUAUGAUCACGAUUCGAGGAGAUUUCUUGCUCUACUCCUCCACUGGGACUUUCAUUUUCUCACACCAGAAACCUGAAAUAUCCGGCUUUGAACAAUUUAUACAAACAGUACACCCUUCAAAUUACAGUAGUGAAUUUUCCUUUGCCAAACUCUGGUGGACAUAUUUUAGAUGUUCUUUGCCACCUUCUGAUUGUAAGAAACUAAAGAAUUGUCCCACCAAAACUGUGUUUAAAUGGUUAUUCAUGACACCACUUGGAAUGGCCAUGAGUGAUACAUGCUAUAACUUAUACAAUGCUGUGUAUGGUGUGGCCCACUCACUCCAUGAAAUGCUUCUACAACAAGUAGACGCAUGGUCAAAGAAUGCUGGGAAGGAACUGGAAUUUGACCCUUGGAAGAUGUUCUCUGUUCUGAAGACCAUACAAUUUAUAAAUCCUGCUGGAGACUUAGUCAAUAUGAACCAGAAUUUGAGACAGGAUGUAGAGUAUGACGUUUUCUAUAUCAUGGAUUUUCAAAAAGUUUAUGGACUUAAAAUGAAAAUAGGAAGAUUUUCAGGGCAACUUUCAAGUGGUCAACAGCUAUAUAUGUCUAAAGAAAUUAUUGAGUGGGCUACAGAUAUUGAUCAGAUUCUACCCUCAAUAUGUAGUAUGCCUUGCAGGCCAGGACUCAGAAAAUCCCCUCAGGAAGAAAAGGACAUCUGCUGUUUUGGUUGUAACCCCUGUCCAGAAAAUGAAAUUUCCAACAUGACAAACAUGGAUCAGUGUGUGAAAUGUCCAGAAAAUCAAUAUGCCAAUGAAGACCAUACUCUCUGCCUCGAAAAAGUUGUGGCUAUUUUAGAUUACAAAGACCCUUUGGGGAAAGCACUGGCUGGCUUUGCUCUAUGCUUCUCUGUCCUUACAUCUGUUGUAUUGGGUAUCUUCCUGAAAAACAGAGAUACUCCCAUAGUCAAAGCCAACAACCAAUCUCUCAGCUUUGUCCUACUCAUCUCCCUCAUAUUUUGUUUUAUCUGUUCCUUGCUUUACAUUGGUCAUCCCACUAUGGUCAUCUGUAUCCUGCAGCAGACCACAUUUGCCAUUGUGUUCACUGUGGCUACCUCUACUAUCUUGGCCAAGACAGUUAUUGUAGUACUGGCUUUCAAGAUAACUGUCCCCGGAAGAAGAAUGAGAUGGCUGCUUGAGAUAGGGGCACCAAAAUACAUAAUUCUCAUAUGCACAAUAAUUCAGCUGAUUCUUUGUGGAAUCUGGCUAGGAACUUCUCCUCCAUUUGUUGAUGCUGAUGUACACAUGGUACAUGGCCACAUCAUCAUUGUUUGCAACAAAGGUUCUGUGAUUGCAUUCUACUGUGUCCUUGGAUACAUGGGCUCUGUUGCUCUAGCAAGUUUCACUGUAGCUUUCUUGGCCAGGAAUCUGCCUGAUACAUUCAAUGAAGCCAAGCUCUUGACAUUCAGCAUGCUGGUGUUCUGUAGUGUCUGGAUCACUUUUAUCCCUGUCUAUCACAGCACCAAAGGCAAGACUAUGGUUGCCGUGGAAGUUUUCUCUAUUUUGGCGUCCAGUGCAGGGUUGCUUCUUUGCAUUUUUGCCCCCAAAUGCUAUAUUAUUUUAUUAAAACCACAGAAAAAUUCUUUUCAAAAGUUCAGAAAACCACAUGCUAUAGCUGACAAUAUAAGUUAA